UUUUGUUUGUUAAAAGUUUGUUAAAAUGGGUUUUAGUUUAUCCUUGAAAAAUAUUUAAAGCAAAUAAGCGAAAAAUAUUAAUUUUCAAGUCAUUUCAGUUUUUAAAUUGUUCCUGAAAUUAAACAAACAUGGGAUCAGAAGGACCGAAAACAAUACGACUCAGAAGAAUAGGGGCACCUGUACCCCAACAAAUUAAUACUUUGCUUCCCCAAGAAGAUUUGAUUCAAAAAAAUCUUCAACCAUUAAUUGAACACACCGAAAAGAAAAAGCGAGCGCAAGAGGCUUAUUACGACAAAAAUGUUCUAAACAAAAGUCCAUUACUUCGAAACCUUAAAGCCCCCGUGAGGAACAGGCUAGGGCGCAGAAUCCCAUUCAACGGCACCAACACAUCCGCGAUACCUCCCAAGAAACGUUUGUUCAAAGUCAACAACGGCAUGAACGGAACCUUGCGAAACACCAUCACUAGAGGCAAAGUGACGCGCAAAAAUCUCGCCCAGAUUAGAAUAAACAGAAUUAGGGAGAGGCAACAAGAAGAGCUGAGACUAAACCCUAUGCGCCUGACGACGCCCAAGAAAAUCAAGUUGAAACGAUGGACGGGCAGUCAGAUGCUUAGAGUUGAAGUACCCAACGUAAACUACUCGAAUGCGCCAAGGCACAGGCAGAUUUUGAAUAGCGAACUCCAAGAGCAAAUUAGAGAGUUACAGAGUGUACAUAUCCCCGAGCAGAUUUUAUUCGAUGAUAGUUAUACUCCAUUUUCAACUAAAAUAACUACGCACGAAAGAUUCGCGAAGUUAAACGCUCUUCGACCUCUUUUAAGGUCGAAGACUAAUGAUAACGGCGAGAAAAUUACGGAAAUUGAGUUCGAAAAUCAUCAUGCUAGUAUUAGAGAAGUAGCACUUGACUUCAACAUUUCUCUUUAG